AUGCAGUGAGGGCUGCUGCCGAUGGCCAUCCUGUCCCUGCAGCCUCAACAACCGUGGGGCCAGACCCCUUACCUGUUAACUGACCCAGACUUGUGGGUCACAGGUAUUUGAUUUGGAGAAGGACGGGGUGGAGGAGGGCAGGAAGACUGAGCAUCACGUACUUGCAACCCUGGCUGUUCAUUAGACUCACCUGGGGACAGCUGAUGGCAACAGCGACAGAGUCUCAGCUUGUCCAUCCUCUUUCUGGCACUUUCUGGACCAGCACUGGCAGCAACAACUUGUUACUUAAAGUCUUGGGCUUCUUUCCACGCUUCUUCUAAUGUUUUGUUAGAGAUUCUUUUUCAAGUCAUUGGGAACAAAAACUAACACUGGCUUUAGGUCUAGAUUUUGUUGGGAGUCUUAAAAAUAGCCCACUGAAGUGUAUUCUGUAAAUAACGCGUGAGAUUUAAGGUCCUUUUUCAGCCACUGCCGUGACCCCUGGCCAUUACAGUCUUCUGAGUCCACCUCUGAGUGUGUAAGAUGAUUACAUUUGCAUUAGAGUCUCUGGGAGGAAUAAAUGGCAUACUUGAAGAGGAUAGGCUUUACUAAUGUGGCUGAUUACGUGACUGAUAAUAAAAUCCUUACUAGAAGAUGUCAGGAGUUCCUUUUUUCCCCCCAAAAAUGACCCGAGAAGGAUUUUAGGCUGAUGCAGCUAAGGCAGGCCACACGUUGUCACGAACAAAGUGGAUCUGAACUGCACGCACGUCGCCGGCCCUGGGUAUAUCGUUGUCGGAACGUGUCGGGUGUCUAUGGUUGGGAACUUUGGUGCAGUCGUGCUAGGGCAUUUUCAUCCGGUAGACCAUGUCCUGCAAUUGCUCAAACAUUUCUGUGUAGAGGAACUUUGUUUUUUUUCCCUGGAGAGUAUUUAUUUCUCAGUGCCAGGGUCCAGGCUGGCUGUGCUACCCGAGGCCUGCCAGACAUGCAGCCAGGUCAGAAGAGAGGGAGUUCAUGACAGGUCUGGGUAAGAACCCUUGUUGAGAAGCAAAGGUACUUGGCUUUGGAAGGCGAAGCAUGUUAGCCUUGGCUUCUCUGGGCCCACUCUGUCCUUGGGGGCUUUGAUCUGAACACUCUAAUCUGGUGGGAAAGGAAUGAAAAAAAUGCUUUCCAGCUAGAAGCAACAAAUAAAAUCGAGGAUGGUAAUUCUGGAAAAAUCGCCGAGGUGGCAGUGAAAGGCAAGCUCUAGCCUGAAUGUCAGGAGCUCGGUUCCCCGGGGAGGGAUGCACGGGGUGUGUGGUUGGAGUGGGUGCUCUGGGGCAAGACUGUGUCCCGUCAGAGGAGGCUGGUAGCAGUGAAAAGGCCGUCGGCCAGGCAACGUGGUAGAUCCUGACUUGUAAUGUGACCGUUCAUCCCUUUCUAGUAGGUAGUUGCCAGAUACUAAUGGCUGGGUAGGUCCUCGGUUACGUUUGCAUCUAUGGCCUGCCCUCGGGUGGGUAUAAAUGAAGUAAUUAAGACCCGUGGCUUUCAGACUCGGCUCCCAAGGUUGCUUCUAAGGGUCUGCAAAAAUUAACCUGAAUUUCAUUUUUUAUUAUCAUUAACCUUGAGCAACUAUGAAGAUGGGUAUCCUACAUUAAAAUAUAUAAAAUGUAUAAUGAUAAAAUAUCCUAGGAGUAUGUUUUAUAUGUUGAGAUUCUGUAUGUGCUAUUUGAAAUCCAUUGGUAUGUAUAUUCUGCUCGCCUAUUUUUAACUACUUCUGGGCCACUGUGAUGUUUUAACUGGUUGGAUUAGCUGGGUGGGUUGUGAUCAAAAACUUCCAAUUUGUCUAAGCACUCCUGGAGGUCCGUGGUCUACUUUGAAAAACCUUAGUCUAAGAAAUGUUGCACAGUGCCUCCUAAAAACUGGCAACUUCGGAAAUAUUUUCUCCCUAGCUUUUACUUUCAGUUGCAGUGUUGUUGGCCUUUUUUUUUUUUUUUUUAAUGACUAAAAAAUGUUGAAGUGUGUCUGUAAUCCCAUGUGGUUCUUUGAUAGCAUUGAACCUCAGGUAGACCUAAAAAGUUCACAGGCUCUCUCUUCGUUGGAAACCUGUGUAUUGCACAACUACCCGCGUCUAAUGUAGUCAUUUCUGGAGUUUGGGGUCUGACUUCUGACCAAAGCCAAUUGAAGAUGAGACACUUGGGACGUACCAUGGGGCGCCUGGGUGGUUCAGUCCGUUAAGCAUCCAACUUCGGCUCAGGUCACGAUCUCACAGUUUGUGAGUUUGAGCUCCGUGCCAGGCUCUGUGCUGACAGCUCAGAGCCUGGAGCCUGCUUCGGAUUCUGUGUCUCUCUGCCCGGCCACCACUUACUUGUCUGCACUCACUCGCUCUCUCAAACAUAAAUAAAUAAACAUUAAAAAUAAAAAAAAAUAAAAAAGGAACUUUGGAUGCAUCUUAACUCUUUUUCUACAUCGUGUCAAGGCCUUGCUCAUUCUGCCUCUCCCAUCUCCCCCCCCCCCCCACUCCCCACCACUGCUGUGGCCAGGUUCCUAUCUGGGACAGUAGUUUCCUAACUGGUGAGACUCCUGAUCACCUCUAGACUGACUCCUCUCAUCCAUCUUGCACACUGUAGCCCAGGAGUGUGGUCUUCUGAACUGUAAACAUCGGCUCACGUUUUGCUGCAACCCCAGAGUGGCGGUCUCUUAUCACUGCAAUAAAUCUGUUUGCAUUUCCCACCUUGUGGGGCUCGGCUCCCCUGUCCCCACAGACAUCCUCUGAUAGAGCAUACUUCUUUCCACCCAUAUUCCCCCCCGGCCUCUCUGCUCAGGAUGCCCUCCCUCCCCUUUUGCUCAGUCCCCCACUAACGGGACCCUUGUCCCUUCAGUGGGCCCCACUCCUCCCUCCACCCACCCCACUGAUGUUUGCAAAUCUGUCUUCUCUCAAACGAAGUUGAAAAUGUUUCAACGUGAAGUUGGAGGUUUUCGGAAUGAACUGUUCACACGGUGACUCUAUAUUUGGCUUCUUUCACUCUAAGAAACGUUUGUUAAUUUGUAGUUAAGGUGAGGGAGUCCAAGGGGAUGCUCCCCCCCCCCCCAACCCCCGCCCCGGCUGAGAGCUUCCGGUCUAAGGGGAGAGGCGGGCAGGACAGCGUGUACUCAUCAAAGUAGUGAACGUUCAAAGCCGGAGGAAGAUGGGGCUAAAAGCUGUGGAGUCUCACAACUGAGGAAAAGCCGACGGGCUGCGGAGGAAGAGAGGUGUGAAUGGAUCUGGAAGAGCGCACGGGACUUAGACGCACGGAGAGGGCGUUCUAGCAAGAGGCGUGGAGACAAAAUCGCAGACCCGAGACGACUUCCUGGGACAGGUGGACAUACCCCUGAAUCAUCUCCCGACCGAAGAUCCGACCAUGGAGCGACCCUAUACAUUUAAGGAUUUUCUCCUUAGACCAAGAAGUCAUAAAUCUCGAGUUAAGGGAUUUUUGCGAUUGAAAAUGGCCUAUAUGCCAAAAAAUGGAGGUCAAGAUGAAGAAAACAGUGAGCAGAGAGAGGACAUGGAGCACGGCUGGGAGGUCGUGGACUCGAAUGACUCGGCCUCCCAGCACCAGGAGGAGCUUCCCCCGCCUCCACUGCCUCCCGGCUGGGAAGAGAAAGUGGACAAUCUGGGUCGUACCUAUUACGUCAACCACAACAACCGGACCACUCAGUGGCACCGACCAAGCUUAAUGGAUGUGGCCUCCGAGUCGGACAGCAACAUCAGGCAGAUCAACCAGGAGGCCGCGCACCGACGCUUCCGCUCGCGCAGACACAUCAGUGAGGACCUGGAGCCGGAGCCCAGCGAGGGCGGAGACGGCCCAGAGCCUUGGGAGACCAUUUCCGAGGAAGUGAACAUCACUGGAGACUCCCUCAGUCUGUCACUGCCCCCUCCGCCGUCCUCUCCAGUGUCCCGGACCAGCCCUCAGGAGCUGUCUGAGGAGCUGAGCAGAAGGCUUCAGAUCACUCCAGACUCCAAUGGGGAGCAGUUUGGUUCUUUGAUCCAAAGAGAACCGUCCUCAAGGUUGCGGUCCUGCAGCGUGACGGACACCGUUGCCGAGCAAGCUCAUCUACCACCGCCAAGUGCCCCAGCUAGGAGAGCGCGUUCAUCAACUGUCACAGGUGGUGAGGAGCCAACGCCAUCAGUGGCCUAUGCACAUACCACGCCGGGCCUACCUUCAGGCUGGGAAGAACGAAAAGAUGCUAAGGGACGCACAUACUAUGUCAAUCAUAACAAUCGAACCACAACCUGGACUCGACCUAUCAUGCAGCUCGCAGAAGAUGGUGCAUCCGGAUCCGCCACAAACAGUAACAACCACCUAAUCGAGCCUCAGAUCCGCCGGCCCCGUAGCCUCAGCUCGCCGACUGUAACCUUAUCUGCCCCACUGGAGGGUGCCAAGGAUUCACCCGUACGUCGGGCUGUGAAAGAUACCCUUUCCAAUCCACAGUCCCCACAGCCAUCACCUUACAACUCCCCUAAACCACAACACAAAGUCACACAGAGCUUCCUGCCACCCGGCUGGGAAAUGAGGAUAGCACCAAACGGCCGGCCCUUCUUCAUUGACCAUAACACAAAGACUACAACGUGGGAAGAUCCACGCCUGAAAUUUCCAGUUCAUAUGCGGUCAAAGGCCUCUUUAAACCCCAAUGACCUUGGCCCUCUUCCUCCUGGUUGGGAAGAAAGAAUUCACUUGGAUGGCCGAACGUUUUAUAUUGACCAUAAUAGCAAAAUUACUCAGUGGGAAGACCCAAGACUGCAGAAUCCAGCUAUUACUGGUCCGGCUGUUCCUUACUCCAGAGAAUUUAAGCAGAAAUAUGACUACUUUAGGAAGAAAUUAAAGAAACCUGCUGAUAUUCCGAAUAGGUUUGAGAUGAAACUUCACAGAAAUAACAUCUUUGAAGAGUCCUAUCGGAGAAUCAUGUCUGUGAAAAGACCAGAUGUCCUGAAAGCUAGACUGUGGAUCGAAUUUGAAUCGGAGAAAGGUCUUGACUAUGGGGGUGUGGCCAGAGAGUGGUUCUUCCUACUGUCCAAAGAGAUGUUCAACCCCUACUAUGGGCUUUUCGAGUACUCUGCGACGGACAACUACACGCUUCAGAUCAAUCCCAACUCAGGCCUCUGUAAUGAAGACCAUUUGUCUUACUUCACUUUUAUCGGAAGAGUUGCUGGUCUGGCAGUGUUUCACGGGAAACUUUUAGAUGGUUUCUUCAUUAGACCAUUUUACAAAAUGAUGCUGGGAAAGCAGAUAACCCUGAAUGACAUGGAAUCUGUGGAUAGUGAAUAUUACAACUCUUUGAAAUGGAUCUUGGAAAAUGAUCCCACUGAACUGGACCUCAUGUUCUGUAUCGAUGAAGAAAAUUUUGGACAGACCUAUCAAGUGGAUCUGAAGCCCAAUGGGUCAGAAAUAAUGGUAACAAAUGAAAACAAAAGGGAAUAUAUUGACUUAGUCAUCCAGUGGAGGUUUGUGAACAGGGUCCAGAAGCAAAUGAACGCCUUCUUGGAGGGAUUCACAGAGCUGCUUCCUAUUGAUUUGAUUAAAAUUUUCGAUGAAAAUGAGCUGGAGUUGCUGAUGUGCGGCCUUGGCGACGUGGACGUGAACGACUGGAGACAACAUUCUAUCUAUAAGAAUGGCUAUUGCCCAAACCACCCUGUCAUUCAGUGGUUCUGGAAGGCCGUGCUGCUCAUGGACGCGGAGAAGCGGAUCCGGCUACUGCAGUUUGUCACGGGGACGUCGCGAGUACCCAUGAAUGGGUUCGCCGAACUUUAUGGUUCCAAUGGUCCUCAGCUGUUUACAAUAGAGCAAUGGGGGAGUCCUGAAAAACUGCCCAGAGCUCACACGUGCUUUAAUCGCCUUGACUUACCUCCGUAUGAAACCUUCGAAGAUUUACGAGAGAAACUUCUCAUGGCCGUGGAAAACGCUCAAGGAUUCGAGGGGGUGGAUUAAGCUCCCCCGUCCUCGGGGUGGUUGUUCAUCGAGCGAGUCCUGCUUGCACUUUUGCAUUUGCCCAACACCUGACUUUGCAGAGACCGAGGCGGAAGAGCGGCCGCACAUGGCGGCCUGGCUCCCGGGGCGGGGCCUCCACCCGCGACUUGCCCAGGUUCAGACGCGGGAGCCCGGUCCCAGGCCGCGUUCCUGCAUUUUCCACCACGAAUUAUCAACUGGUUGAUGUGUACACUAAUAACAUUUCAGGAGGACUUAUUCUAUUUAUGUUGUGCCUCUGUAGGCAAAGCCCUUAAUAAAUAUUUUACAUACUUUAUAAUGACAAUGAAUGGGAUUAAUCACUCUACAGGUAUAGUAUUACAACUCAUGUUUACUUUUUAAAAUGAUUUAGACCGAUCUUCAGAUUUUAUUUCAUUACAAUUAAAGAUGUCUCGUGUACUUGGAAAAGUGAGCAUAUUUUUUUUGUAUUUGAAUUUCAUACCAGGUUUAAUGUCAGUGACAUUUUUAUUUUUGAAGUACUUUGACCCCCCCCCCCCCCCCCCCUCCCUAUGUUAUUAGAAUUGAAAGACUGUUGUUGUUUUUUUUUUUUUUUGGUCCAGAUACCUACGGACAAGUACUUUGAGAGAAUUUAAAAUAGAACAUUAGACAUAAUGCUACUUUUCUCCAUACUCUGAGAGAAUGGAAAACAAACUGGAUAUUACAUUUUGUGUGUGUGUGCAAAUUUAGCGUAAUAGCUCCAGGCUGAGAGAAUUGUAACAUAGCAUGACAAAUUUGGUGUUGGCUUGAAGGAAGGAACCACACCGUUAUUCCUUAGAAGUAAUUCCGUGUGCUAGAACACAUUGGAGGCAGGGUCGGACUGUCCUUUCUCAUUAGAGAAAUCACUUAACCCUCCGUGAUGCUGUACAGCCAUUCUUUCAUUACCUUUUCCAAACUCUUUGCUGUUUGUCGUAGAGACAUUUGAAUGGGCCUCGACACUCGCUUGAUUUGAAACUGUGGAAACCAGCUCUGUGUCGUGUCCCGUUUGUACGCGUUGGCUAGCGGUAGCUAAAUAACCAGUUUCUGUCCAACUGCACCAGUUCUGAAGGCACUUUAUGUCCUCCCUGGGGGUCGUAUCUGGUUUUGUUGAUGGGUGGUCGUUGUUUGUAAAUCAUAGGCAUUAAAUGUGAUGAUGAUUUCUUCUCCCUGCACACAUCUUUCUGGUGCAGUAUCUGUCCAUUGUGAAUCUGGCUGCUGGUGUAUAAAACCUGGAUGUAAAGCUGAGCCUACACACCUGUCCUCACCAAUUGUUUUGUGAUUUCUACCCCGCUAGCAAGAUUAAUUUAAUGCGCACUCCGCCUCACCGGGUUUUGUCACCUAGGACACGUUGCAUGCUUCACUACUGUGUACCGCCUUGAGUUGUGUCUGUUCUGUGCUGGAUUAAAAGUGAGCAGGAACUCUCUGACUUGGCCCCCGCGGUCGCGCUGCGAAGCUGGCGGGGCCCGGGGGGAGGGUUCCGCGCCGUCGGGAUCCUUUGGCACUUGUGAGCCUUCGUUGCGGGAUUCCGUGGUGUUUUGAGAGAAAGCCUGAGGCAGCGGGGCAGUUCAGCCCUGCUGUCCUUUUCACCUGUGUUGUUCUAAACCCCGUCGCGAGUGGGGGGACUCUAGAGAUGUGAUCCCUUGCCACUCGUAGAUAAAGACAGAAAAUUGUGGUUUCAGGGCCUCCCCGUUUGUUAUGGAAGAAGGACCUUUUGGUGUAAGAAAUUCAUUGUUCCCCAGCUCCGGGUGGCUCGUGAGAAACCAGGAACGUUUGUGGUUAUAAAUGAACUAACUGCCUUAUAGAGGUGCAGAGGUCGGAGGUGUCUGAGAGAAGAAGGAUUUCUGCAGAGCUGAGGAUUGGCUCCCCUUUCCUAUUGAUUUAAAAAUACCCAACAGUGAUCAGAGAGCUUAGAUGUCGAGUAAUCAGAAAAAAUAACAUUGCUUAUUAUUUUUAUCUACUUGUGGGAUUUUUUCCCCCCUACAGUCAAUAUAACCAGUGUCGCAUGGCAAAAAACCCCCUUUGUGUAACCCCUCACUGUCCAGAGGGCUUUCUUUUUAGACUCAUGCCAAAGCCAGUGCUUGGAUGGAUUCUGAGAGUGAUCAUGUCAUUAUAGGGGAGAAAGCCUACGAUUCUAGUUGAAGAACUGGGAUUCUGUCAUUUUGCAAACUGUAUACUCAAAAAAUCAGAAUAUUUAGUAAAUGCAAAUUAGGCAAAGUGUUAAAAAUGUGAAAGAAAAACCCAUCCUAAGCUACUUCCUGUACCAGGAACAGAUAAGAAUUAUCGAACUGGACCCCUUUGAAUACUUGAAUGACGUAUUUGUGAAUGACGGUUCAGUUCACCUGCCACUAAAUAUUGGGUUGCAGUAACGGCUGAAUAGUGCUGGGUUUGGGGUUUGUUUUUGUUUUGUUUUGCUUUUAAUCCACACACGAGGUUCCCUCGAUCUCAGCAGUUCUUGAGGCUUCACUCUGUCUAAAACAGUCCUAGAUCUUGUUUUCUCCAAGUCCUGACAACCACUGUCCCUUGCCUCCAGGACAGAGUCACAGGUGGUGGUUAAGAAAACGCACCGUUGGAACCCACAGGCCUGGCGGGGAGGGUGGGCCACCUCUUCCUGUUCCCCCUAGCAGUGGCCCUUCUCCCAAGUCCAAGGUCUCAGUCCCUCCCCCCCACCCCCACCCCCCGUUCUCUUAAAAAUUCCCCGAGUCUGGCUUGUUUUAAGUUUCCGGAAGAAGGUACCAUUAUUAUGGGUCAUUUUGCCGCAAGGUUAAGAAGCUGGUUCCAGGGCAACUGCAUGAUGGACAUGAGUUAUCACAACUACAGGAUUUCGAUCCCCGUCCCUUGUUGGCCUGAAGGCGAAUUUGGAAAGUCUGGAUUGGCUUCCCAUAGUGCGCUGCUUUUCCACCGCUGCCUCUGGAACGGGAGACAAUGAGGCAGUUGUCUGUUUCAAAGUUGUAUUCCGCUUUAACGCAUUUUCCGUUAUUGACUUUUCUAUACUCUGUACCAGAUCACAAGAAUGUAAGAUGCUUCUUUAAUUUUUGUUUACAAGGCCCUUUGGUCGAACAUGAGCUAUUCCUGAUGGUCAGAUGACAGAUGCUCCAAAGCGUCUGACAUGGGUUAUUCCUCCCACAUAAGGAUGCAGUGACAGAUUCAGAGAAAUGAUUUUGCAAAAUAUUUGAACCACUUUCUACAUCUCACAUUGUUAAAUAGACAGCGUGUACCAUUGCUGUUUGAUCUUGCCAGAUCCAGAUCGGCUCUCUUGAAAGCCACGUUCAUGUGCAGCAAAUUACUGAUUGCCCCAACAGUUACUAAUUGUUUAACACCCGACUCGAGCAUUUUCCUAAGUCUUGUAUCUCACCUCCGAACUUUCAAAAUCUAUAGACAGCGUGGGUUCGUCAAUUCCCAAGCCCCUCCCCACUGUGCUAGGCACCCUCUUUCUUUUCUGCUGACUCCACGCCUGUGUCCUGACAGGGAGAGGUCACCGCUGUCCGGUGUCAUUUCCUGCCUCGUCAGUAGGGGGUGCUGCUGUGCAGAGUAACUGUCUGGCCUGCUCCCUCCCUGGCCCCCAGGAGAUCUGAGCACUACCUCUGUCUCAUUCAGGCUUUGGGGUACAUCCUGAUAAGUCAUGUCAAAACUGCCACUUUCAGGUCUGAGAUGCGUUUUUAAAACUCCUGAUAAACUCCACUUUGUACUUUAGAUUUUAAAACUGGGAAGAAAAUGUGAUAUACUUUGGACCACUUUUUUUAAUUUAUCUAAGCCUUAAUGAAUAGUGUAUAUACACUGGCAUACACACAUCCCCACCCUGGCGUGCUUUCAGUGUGUCAGAAACAAUGCUGUAGCAUUAGGACGUGAGCUUGUAUACUGUUUUAUUUCAGGAGAGGAUCACUUUCUGUUUGUAUGAAAUUUUCCAGUAAAACUUCUCCCUAGACAUCCGUCCUUUGUGAAAGGCGUUACACGCAAAGUAACGCAUGUUUAAGGUGCGUGUCUUGUUUGUCGGUUUCACAUUUCCGAUGGGAAUCUAACGACAUUGGCGACAGACCUCUGUGUACUGCAUCCCAACCUUGUGUCAGAGCAUUGAAAGCCUUUCUGAUGACCAUAACCCUGUGUCUGCAGACAUCCGUGUUCUUGUAUAAGCCAGCUUGCCCUCUUACUCAGACUGAUUUCACCUAGAUUGUCACGGUUUCCUUCAUGUUAACUUCGCGUGACUUUGUUUUCCCUUUACUACUACUUAUGUGAUAUGUAUAUACAUACGUACGUACGUAUGCUGUCCAAAUAUAUAUGUAUAUAUUUGUAUAGCAUUUUUACACCUUUCUUGAGCAAUCUGGUUUCGAAAGGGAGUGAGAGCUUAGUCCUUCUACAGUUUUCUCCAAGCCGUGUCCUGAGAUUUCUGACCCUCGGAGCCUGAGAGCACCCCAGGAAAAUGAUGCUAAAAUGCUGUCAUUCCCUAAUUCAGGAUUUAUUACCAAAUGAAACAUGAAAACAACAGUGACUUUUAAGGUGAAAAGAGUUUCAAGCAUUCCAAAUGAAUUCUCAAUGUUUCGUAACUUUUUAUUAUAAACCCCACCUCCUAAUACAAAGCCAAGUACUAUUUGAUACAGUGACUAAAAACCAAACUACUUGGAAAUUUUUUAAAGACAACUUACGGAUAACGCUCCUUUUCACAAUCAGAAUCGCUUUAAAAUAUGGUUGAAUUUGAUAAAGGAAAAGUUUUAAGUACAAAUCCUUUUUGCUUUUCAUUUUUCUUAAGAGAUCUGAAGAGAAAUUGUAGAUUGUUUUCCUGACAGCAAAAGAGUAAUGUGACAAAAUGAAGUCGUUGUAAAGAAGUGAUACAACUUGUCAAAUAUUUAAUAAAGAAUUAUGGAAGCUGGAA